AUGUACUCUAAACAUCUAGCAGCACUCGCGCUGGUCGCCCUCACUGCAUUCACUUCUUUCACCCACUCUCUUCCCCUUCAAAAACGCAACAUCACAGGGACACCCGCCCCCAUUAUAACAGCCUGCACCGUGCCCAACUCCUUCGCAAUCACCUUCGACGACGGCCCUUCCAUCUGGACCCACUCCCUCCUCGAUUUUCUUGCCAUCGUCAACGUCAAAGUCACCUUCUUCGUCAACGGGUUGAACUACAAUCUGAUCACGGAGCCGGAGAUCGCAGCGGUGGUGAAGAGGGCGUAUUCGGAGGGCCAUCAAAUUGCGUCUCAUACUUGGGCCCAUGCCGAUAUCUCGGCGCCGGGGGUUGAUGUUGCUAGUCAGAUGAAGAUGCUCGAUGACGCACUGCUAAACAUUAUCGGCGUCCGCCCAGUCUACAUGCGCCCACCCUACGGCAACACAUCCCCAGACUCCCUCACCUACCUAAACAACGAAGGCUACAAAGUCAUCAACUGGCUCGUUGACACCAACGACUGGCGUCACCCCGCAGAUUUCAAACAGAAUUUCGAAGGCUACCGUGUAGCCCUCCAGGACCCCGCCGCGGUCGGAAAGGGCUUUAUUUCAUUGCAACAUGAUGCUCAACAGCAGACCGCCGAGGUCUUUGGAAAAUUGGCUGUCGAGUAUGUGUUGAGUAAAGGCUUUAAUGUCAUGCCUGUGGGUUCUUGUCUGGGUGAUACUACCGGUUGGUACAGGUUGUAA